CCUGACAAGGUGGCGCUGCCCUGGCUAGGGGGACCCGGCCUGUCCCGCGGGGGAAGCGCCUCGGGCUCCCCGGCCGGCGCCGCGCACACGUGCCUGCUGGGGCAGGGGCGGGGCCGUCCCGAGCCGGGGUCGCUCCUCCCGCCGGCCCAGAGCUCGCUGCUCGCUGGGGAAGUGGAGUCCGGCUCCGGCGGGCUCUGUCGCUGCCGCGGAUCGCGCCCCGCUCCCGGCCGGGUCCCUGCGGCCCCGGGCACACGGGCAGCCCCGUCCCGCUCCUGCGCCGCGCCGGGCCGGGCCGCCGAUGGGGAGGCUGAUUCUGGGCGAGCUUCGGACGAGCAGCCCCCGGGGAGCCCCGCCUGGACCCCGGCCCGCGCCCCGGCCGCUGCUGGCUGCCCGGGGCCAGAAUGCCCGCCUGGGGGAUCCUGCCCGUCACCCUGCCCGCCGUCACCAUCACCGGCAUGUGGAUCGUGUAUGCUAUGGCGCUCUCCAACAACCACAUCUGCCCAGUCCACAACUGGAGUUAUAACCAGUCCUGUGGGCUGGACGGCCCCAUUUCAUGCUGCACUCUGGAUCACAUUCCUCUGGUCAGCAAGUGUGGCACCUUCCCUCCGGAGAGCUGCUUCUUCAGCCUGAUCUGCAGCCUGGGCUCGUUCAUGGUGAUGCUCGUUGGCCUGCUGAGAUACGCCCACGUCAUUGAGUGCUGCGGGCCGUCCCUCCUCAACACCCUGGGGCUGGCAGCAGGCUGGAUCUGCGCUGCCGGCCUCACCAUGGUUGGCAACUUUCAGGUGGACUAUGCCAAGGUGCUGCAUUACAUUGGCGCAGGUGUGGCAUUUCCUACCAGCAUGCUCUUUGUGUUCCUGCAGUCGGUUCUCACUUACCGCAUGGCGAAAACCAGGGGCCACUACUGGACCGGUCACUUGCGCAGCAUCCUCUCCGCUCUGGCCUUCAUCACCCUUGUCUUCAGUGGCGUGUUCUUCGUCCAGGAGAGUUUUGUGCUGCAGCAUGUGGCCGCCCUUUGCGAGUGGAUUUUCAUCAUAAAUGUCCUUGUUUUCUACGGCACCUUCACUUUUGAGUUCGGAGCCAUCUCCACAGACACGUUCCUGGUGCUUCUGAAAGCCAGCCAGGCUCCCAAGAGCUACAAAUCCGACAGCAGCACAGCCAGCACGCCGCAUGGCCACAGCCACUCCGAGGGCCUGGCCAUGGUCUGAGGGGACCUGGCCUCGUCCCUGGACAGCUGGGACUGGCAGAUCAGCCAGACCAAAAAUCCAGACAUUGCCAGUGAUUCUCUUGCCUUGAACAUAUCCAGGAACCUGUGCCUCCAAUUUGGGGGGGGAGGGUAAAGGAUUGGGGGGCUGAUCCUGACUUCACCUCCCCUUCUGACUCAUGCAGACAAUACACUAAGAACGUCUGGACCUGCAGCCCCAGCAUCACCAGUGCCUUUCAGGGGCUUUUUACCUCCCAUCAAAGCUCUCCCUGCAGGAGCAGAGAGGUGCUAAAAGGGGAUAGCGGGGAGGGGCAGGGAGUAAAUGGGACUCUGAGGUGGAAGCAGGAUUAAGGUACUUGGUGCUCUAGAAGUCCUAGGGUUACCCUUCCUUGGUGGUGAGACAGAGAGACAAUCCGAGCAUGAGAAGAAGAGGACUUGUUCUGUAGGGAGGAAGGUGGGAGAGGUGGCAGCAGGGAGGGGGGCAUGGGGAAGGCAGAGGGGCUGCCCUCUGGGGACCAUGGAUGGCACAAGAUGACAAAAUCAGAAUUUUUUGCUGAACCACCAGAGUCCUCUGGGGUAGCUAGGCCUGUCAAAGAGACUGCAAACCCCGCUCCUUUGGUCGGCUAGCUCAGGAGCAGUGGGGGUGCUUAUUGUAGAACAGUCCUGAUCUCACCGAGCUGAUCAAGGGUGACCAGGUGGUUGGAGCCAAAAGGCAAGAUGCCUCUCUUUUCCCAGCAGGGUUAAGUCAUGCUGGCACAUCUGGCUGUGAACAAAGUCUAAGGCCUUGGCUACACUUGCAAAUUUGCAGCGCUGCAGCAGGGUGUGAAAACACACCCUCUCCAGUGCUGCAAAUUGCAGCGCUGCAAAGCGCCAGUGUGGUCAAAGCCCCAGCGCAG